AUUUUUUAUUUUAAUUUAUGGACACAAUUAUUUUAGAGGCAAUUAAACAGCUUCCCCCCAAAUAAUAACCUACUGCUAUAGCAAUCUAACAUCAUUUAAACAAAUGGGAAGAAUCAGAGAAACAAGUUUCUAAGAAAGUACGUCAACUGUAAACAGAAUAUUUAAGAAGUGUUAUUCCUUUAUAAAAUGAAAUAAAUGCUAUUAUUAAAGGAUUGAGAGCUCCAACAGAAGAAGAAAUCAAAGAUGCAAAUACAUAUUAAAUUGAUGUAAAAGAUAUUAAAGCAUCUCCUCUUCAAAAUUAUUGGGGAUAAGUUUUGAUGAAUAAUAGUUUGACAGGAAAAUUAUUAUCUGAAACAGAUAAAGAAAUAUUUAAACAUCUUUUAUCAGUAAAUGUUUAAUUAGGAGAAAAUGGUAAAGAUUUCACUUUAAAUUUUGAAUUUGAAGAUAAUGAACAUUUUGAGGGAUGCAUUUUAACUAAAGCAUAUAUUUUUGAAGAUUCUGAUGAUGAAUUACCAAUCAAAUAAACAGGAUCAUCAAUUAAAUGGAAAGAAGGCAAAAAUAUAACUAAAAGGAUUGUCAAAAGAAAAUAAAAAAAUAAGAAAACUGGAUAAACAAGAGAAAUUUAAAAGGAAGAGAAAGCUCCUACUUUUUUCCAUUUCUUUGAAGAUGUUGAAUAAAUUAACAAUGAAGAUGAAAAAAUUGAAAGAUAAUAAUUUGAUUUUGAAUUAGGAUCAUAAUUUGUUAAUUAAAUUAUUCCUAAAGCCUUAUUCACUUAUUUGGGAUUGAAGGUAGGUGAUGAAGAAGAAGAUGAUUUAAGUAUUGAUGAGGAAGAAUCUGAAGGAGAAGAAGAGUCUUUAGAAGAUGAUUGAAUUAGAUUAUG